UUCAAUGCAACUUCAUCGUUACACGGUACAAGAAUUGUAAAUUUUCCAUGUCGAACGGGAAGAUGUUGUGGCUUCUCGUUUCCUGCUUCUUGUUUGUUGCCGUUACGGGUGAUGCACUUACCGAAAAACUUCAUAAAGCAUAUUGCAGCCACGAAAAUAUCGAGCAAGUGAUGGAUUGCAUCAAGGAAGAAAUUGAAGAAGAGCUUUUAGAAGAGGAUCGUAAAUGCCUGGAGAGUAUCAAUGAUCAGCUCCACGUCGACGAUUCCGUCGGAAGAAGGGAUUUCUUCUGUAACGUGGCUACGGAUGAGGAGGUAGAAAGUUAUAAAAGAUGUUUGCAUGCGGCAGUUGAAGAUCCCGUUAUCAAACUGAAAUAUAUACAGAAAUUAUUAAAAUGUGGAGAAAAAACCAAUUGAAAUUUAAUUAGCCUAAAUGGAAAUUGGUAUGUUAUAUUAUGUUAAAAUUAUAAAUAAUUUUAACAUAGAAAAAAU